AUGACCAAAAAUAUUCAGGACUCAGUGAAUGAAAGAAAUCUUUAUAAAUAAUUAUUUAAAGUUGAAAAAUAGGAUGCAUUCAAAAAUUAUGAAACAAUUAGUACCAAAAAUAAAAUUUAUAAUUAUAAUCGAUUGAAGGAGAUGAUGAAUAAUUGCUAAUAUAAUAAAAAGAGAUAGAAUACUUAUCGACAAUAGAGUAAGCUAAACUAAUUAAUAUUAUUGAUUUACUUGAUAAUAAGAACUUUUUUUCAAAAUAUUCAAUUUUUAGUCAAUAAAAAUAUGAUAAAACUACUAUGAUGACUGAUAAUAUUCAUAUCAAAUUAAGUUCGAAUGAUUUUAAUUUUGUAGGAACUGUUUUGUAAAUGAAAAUAUUUACAGUAUUUGAAUUUUAUGAAACCUUUAUUAACUUUUAUAAUGAAGAAUAAAUUCAAAAAUAAAGGGAAUUGGAUGGAAUAUAUAACAAUGAUAGUUUUGCCUUUGAUAUUUAUGAAUCCUCCUAUUCUUAUCCAUAGAUAUGA